AUGUCUUCCGUAGCUGAAUUCGUAGCUGCAGCCGAACGAGCUGAUCCAACUUUGACCGGAUCAAACGAUAAAGAUAAAGCUGAAAUCACAAAGCUUGUUUAUCAGACCGAAGGUUAUGUGAAUGACUUAUCUGCCCUCAAUGAGAAACUCACUCCCUUGACUUACCUCUAUUCCAACUACCCUUCUUCAGCGGAUGUAAGCUUAUAUGCCCAUCUUCACCCUACUUUGAUCUCUGCAUCGUCUACUCAACACCCUCAACAACCUUCUCUACUUCGAUAUUUCCUUCAAAUCCAAUCAUUAGAACCUGUUCAAUCAGCUCAAAAAUCAUUACCCAAUUCGUUCCCAUCUUUAGAUAUCGAUCUAUCUUCUUUACCUACUCCCGAACGAAAAGCCCCUCCACCUAAAGUGAAGAAGGAUAAGAAACCUGCGGCUGCCGCUGAUGCUAGUGCAGGAGGUGUGACUGAGACUGUUACAGGAGCUGUAUCAGCCGCCGUUGGGGCUGCCACUUCCGCUGCUACAACGGUAGCUGAAACUGCCGUCAGCGCAGCUACAUCAGUCAAAGAAGCUGUCGUAGGACCAAGUACACCUGCUGCUGUACCGGAAGGAAAGAAGAAGGAAAAGAAAGAGAAAAAAGAGAAACCAGCUAAAAAUCAACCUGCCGCUAAAGAAGAACCUACAGGUCCUCUACCAAGUAUGAUAGAUAUGAGAGUCGGUAGAGUGUUAGAUGUGAAAAGACAUCCUGAUGCAGAUAGUUUAUACGUUGAAACCAUUGAUGUUGGAGAAGAGGAACCUAGAACUGUGUGUUCAGGUUUGGUCAAAUACAUGUCAGAAGACCAAAUCAGAGGUGCGACCAUUGUCGUCAUCUGCAACCUGAAACCCGUCACCAUGAGAGGAGUCAAAUCCUUCGCGAUGCUUUUAUGUGCAUCUUCAAAGGAAGGUAAAGAAGAAGGUGGUGUUGAAUUUGUUUUACCCCCAGAUGGAUCUCAACCUGGGGAGAGGAUCUAUUUCGAAGGCGAGAAAUACGAGAAUGCUACACCUGAAGCCCAAUUGAACCCAAAGAAGAAAGUCUUCGAGACUAUCCAACCUGGAUUCAUCACUCUUGACACCAGAGAAGCUGCAUGGAUCGAUCCUGAAACCAAGACUGUUCAUAAAAUCAGAACCAAAGAUGGUCAUCUGAAGGCACAAAGUAUGAUCGGGGCUAGUUUGUCAUAG